CCACAGUCCACACUCACGUUACUGUUCCUUUUACCCCAGAUUUGAGUUCAACCACACGGUUUGAUGAUGGAGCUGACGUUUCGGUGACUAUUUAUUUAUCUUCACAGCCCUUCAGAUUCAAUUCAAUGUGGGGAUUAUUAUCUGCCCCCACCUCACGAUCGAGCUCCUUCAUUUACUUCCAUUACACUUUCCCAUUAUUUUAUUACUAUUCUUUUUUCUUCAGAUGCCUACUCUCAACCUAGCCAAGCUACCGCCAGCUGGAGUGUGUGUGAGAGAGAGAAAGAGAUUCAGUGAGAGAGAGAGUGAUGAAAACCUGAUGAAUCAUUGACUUUCAAGCUCCAAGUUUCGGAUCCGUUGUUUUUUUUUUCUACUAAGAGAGUAAGGGGUUUCGAAGAAUGAGGGUUUUGGGGGAUUCUUGGUGCUUCUGCAAUGGUGGCGGCAAGUCGGAGAGAAUGAAGGCCUCCAUUUUCUCCGGCAAGUCUCCGGCCAUGGCCAGAAUCAACGACGGCGGCACUGGCUUCUUCAUCCACCGGAAUUUGCUUCUCACCACCCAUGCCAAUCUCCCGUCGGUGGCCGCUGUUGAGGCUGCCGAGAUCCGGCUUCACAAUGGGCUAUCCGCAACCCUCUUUCCUCACAGAUUCUUCAUCACGAGCUCGGUUCUUGAUCUGACGAUGGUGGGCCUGGACGCCCUCGAUAGCGAGUCGGGCCUGCAGCCCCACCACCUAAAAACAUGCCCGAAGCCCAACCUGGAGCUGGGGAGCACGGUCUACCUCCUGGGCCACACCGAACAACACGAGCUGGCGGUGGGCGAGGGCAAAGUAGUAAUAGCCACCGACAAUCUCAUCAAACUCUCCACCGGCGGUUGGAGCCCCGGCUCCGCAGGCUUCGACGCCCACGGCAACCUCGCCUUCGUGGUCUGCGACCCCAUGAAACUCGCCACGUCAUCAUCACCCAACGCCGCCAGGUCAUCGUCUCCCACUUGGUCCUCGUCGGGCUCAUCCUCGAAGAGGGACUCCCAGCCGACCCAGUUCGGGAUCCCCAUCCCGGCCGCCCUCCAGUGGCUGGGCCAGCACUGGGAGGGCAAUCUCGACGAGCUCAACAACAAGCCGAGGCUGCCACUCAUGCGGAUGAUCUCGUCAACCGACCACUCGUGCCCGUCCUUCACCAUGCGCCCCGUCUUCAAACCCGCCACCGGCGAAAACGAGAACUCGGAGAAUAAUAAUCUCCCGACGACUCCCCAGAUUCAGCUCCUGGACAUCAAUUUCCCGCCAAGGGCUGUUAGGAAAACGGCGGCGCUGCCUGGGGGCGACCAGAACUACGUGAGGGAUUUGGCGGACGCUGAGUCGACGGGUUCGGCUGAUGUGGUCGGGGACGACGAGCCGAGCAGCGAGGGGGAGAAAUUCUUAAAAGAAAAAUUCAAAUCUCAACCUUGGAAACUAAUGCCUUCCCCACCAGUCGAAAAAUGCGAACCAAACCGACACAACACAAACAAGCACCGAGGCGAUAAACUAAACCGGAGAGAAACACCGCCCAUAGCCCACACUGAAUCGAGAAACACCAAAAACUGGUACAACGAUCCAUGUUGGCAAACCCGAGCUCCCCCACAUUUCACCGUCUCGGUUAGCCCCAGUAGGCCUGAACCGACGCCCUCCCUCACCAUACCCCCGUCGUCACAGCCACAAGAACCGUCGCCGCCCGGAGAGAUCUAG